UGGUUUUUUGUUGUGAUUGUUAUCUGUGACUGGAUCAGCUCAGCAUCAAGUAAAAUAAAUAAAUCUCUCAGUAAUAAUCGUACAGAAUUAGUUAUCAGUUAAUCAGUGGUGGUUUGUGCAUGAAGUGGAUGAUUUAUCAAUAUUUGAAAUAAAUUUAUAAUUUGAUGAAAAAAAAUGGCCUGGUCCAGGUAUCAAGUUUCUUUAGCUGUUCUUAUGGUAUUUACUGGCAGUAUUAACACCAUAAGUACAAAGUGGGCAGACACAAUAAAAUCAGUAAAUCGCUAUGGAGAGGAAAAAACGUUUGACCACCCAUUCUUCCAAGCUAGCACCAUGUUUUUGGGCGAACUAACAUGCCUGAUAGUUUUCAAGAUUAUGUAUUAUAUUUAUAGUCGAAGAUCAGAUGGUACUGAAGAUGUCUCAGAACUCACCAAAGGAAAUAGAGACUUCAAUCCAUUUAUUCUUUACAUACCUGCCAUGUGUGAUAUGACAGCUACUUCUAUAAUGUAUAUCGGCUUAAAUUUAACAUAUGCUUCUAGUUUUCAGAUGUUCAGAGGUUCCGUAAUAGUAUUUGUAGGAUUAUUAAGUGUAGCCUUUUUGAACCGUACCUUGAAAAAACAGGAAUGGGUUGGAAUUUUAUUUGUCAUAUUAGGAUUGGCUGUUGUUGGUGUAGCAGAUUUUGCCUCGAAGGAUUCCAGCGAGAACCACAACAAAAACGACAUAAUCACUGGAGAUUUGUUAAUAGUGAUAGCACAAGUAAUCCAAGCCAUACAAAUGGUUGUAGAAGAAAAAUUUGUCGCUGGACAAAAUAUACCUUCUCUACAAGCUGUCGGCUGGGAAGGUGUGUUUGGUUUCCUAACUUUAGGUCUCCUCCAAAUUCCGUUUUACUUCAUCCGAGCGGUACCUCCACUAACGCCGCAUGCAGGAGAUAGAUUAGAGGACGCCAUUGAUGCUUUUGUUCAAAUUGGACAUAGUUGGAAACUACUUUUUGCUAUAUUAGGUACCAUUGUUUCAAUUGCCUUCUUCAACUUUGCUGGUAUUAGUGUCACUAAGGAAAUGUCAGCUACAACUAGGAUGGUACUUGAUAGUGUGAGAACUGUUGUUAUUUGGGGCUUCAGCAUGGCGUUUUUUGGACAAGCGUUCCAUUGGUUACAGCUUUUGGGCUUUCUACUAUUGAUUAUCGGCAUGUGCCUCUACAAUAACAUAACACUGAUAAGCACAUUUAUCUACACUAAGUCACUGAUCUUUAGAAGAAGUAGAAAGCAGAAUGUGGAAGAUAGUAUAAUAAACACUAAUGCAGAAGAAACUGAGCCAUAAAAAAAAUUUGUAGAGUAACAAUAAUUGAUAUAUGAGACUGCAUUUUAGGAAAAAGUAAUAGAAAUUUAAGUUAAAAUUCUGGUAUAUCAAUGCGAGAUUAAAUUUAUAUUUUAGCAGAAAAAAUAUUUUUAUAAUACACUCAAGUGUUAAAUACUUUUUAUUACGUUUUCGAGUAAUUUUCGCUCUCCCAUAGACAAUAUUUUAAUAAAUUAAAAAGUAUAGUAUAAUGGGUAUUUAUAUUAUGGCUGUUAACAUGAAAAACUAUUGUAUAUUUUUUGUUUUCGGAAACUGUUUUAUUGGUAUAUAAAUGGCGUUAGAAGUCCUAAGAAAUA